UCGUGACGUGCCGCUGAGUUUUGAUAGCGCCAUGGCGCGCGCAAAGGCAGCCGUGAAGGCUCUGCCGUUGGCACUUCUAGGCUUGUUGCUUUGGUCUUGCUGCAACCUGGUGGCCUUCACAGCCUUCAGGCUUCCAAUGGCCAAUCCACGAGGAGCCGUGGUUCGCAGGGCUUUCCCCAGGGCGAAUCCAGGUGGUGCGGCCGAAAAGCUUAGACUUGCGAAGGUGGAGCAAGAGGAGACUGCUUUGGCGAAGCAGAAGCAAGAAGAAGAGGACGUUGAGGGAACCCUUGAAGAGAAGGUGCAGGCAGGAGGAAUUCUUACUACCUAUGCUCUCUUCUUCAUAAUUCCCUUGACCCUCUUCACGGUGGUGCUGUUGGGCAUCUGGACGCCGGGAACGGAAAUCGACCGUGGAAUCCCAGCAGACUCGCCGAACCGAAGCAUGGGUGCCAUUUCUCGCUACGACGAGCAGAUGGAUCAGUUGAGGAAACAGCAGGACGAGAAGGAGGCACAAGAAAAAGAGUACUGAGCAUCGUCUCUGGCAACUUUUUCAUACGAUUCGUCAACUUUUUAGAGCGUGUCCUCUGCUGAAAGACGAGUAGUCUGUGCUUUCUGAAGAUAGGAUCUCAAAGUUCCAAUUCUGGGGUAACUAUGAACAUUCAACAUCAUGCAACAGCCGCAAUGGCAGACUGGGUUUCAGCAAGAUCAUUCCACAAAGUCCGGUGGAAUUCAGCGCCAGCGCCAAGCGGUUGCCGGGAUGCUGUGAUGGUAUCGCCCUCCGGCAUCAACGUGAUCUAUUUAAGACGGAUCAAAGCUAUGACCCACGCGGGAUCUGUUGAGAAA